UAAAACAUAGUGUUUUGAGAAAAACGUUUCAAAAUAAAUGCAGACUUUGCAAGAAAUCAGUUCGAAUAAUGUAAACACUAGUCGCGAAUAAUGUGUAUAUGGUGUUACUUGUUGCUUUGGUUUCAUGCUGUAAACACAUAAUUUUGUGAAUACUGCGACAUCUUUUGUAUGAGUGUAUAUGUGCAAAUAUAUGUAAAAUUAUAGAUAACUGUGUUGCCGCAGAAACAGUUAAUUUCAGUAAAUAACAGAAAACAGCAAGAAAAAAGAACAACAGUAGGAUUUAACAUGGCACGUGAAAGGCACACCGAAGGCACUCAAGGAACACAAAGCCAAGCGUCCAACAUUUGGUCGCAAGUGGAGAGUCAGCCAAUGGAUAACAUUGUGUGGGGCCGUUUAUAUGGCAAAAACAUAAAAAUCAAGUCUCUUGGUACGAGCGUCUCACCAUAUAAGAUAAUCUAUACGAACUCGUCCUUUUCUGUUGAUUUGAACAACGAACAGUUCUCAGCUGGACGCGGCGAUGCCAACGAUUUAAUACUUACCCUAAAUGAUUUACCUGAAAAGAUAUUGAGUAGAAUUUCAAAGGUACAUUUUACCAUCAAGCGCGCUAACAGCGACCUUUCAAAUCCGGUUUAUAUACAGGAUCUCUCACGCAACGGAACAUUUGUGAAUGGCGAAAAAAUAGGCAUUAACAAAACGCGUAUUCUGCAGGACGACGAUAUCAUUGCGCUUGCGCAUCCCACCUACAAGGCCUUUGUGUUCAAGGACCUGAGCCCGAACGAGGCCAUCGGAUUACCCAAUGAAAUCACGGACACCUACUUAGUAAAUCGCAAGCUGGGCUCUGGGGCCUGCGGCCUGGUGCGUUUGGUUUACGAAAGACGCACCUGCCAGCAGUAUGCCAUGAAAAUUGUUAAGAAAAAUCUUUUGGCUGUUAGCUCGCAUCAUAAAAACAAUCAGACAGAUUCGGAGCGAGUGCUCAACGAGGCUAAAAUUAUGAAAAAGCUCGAGCACCCCUGUGUGGUUAAAAUGUUCGAUAUUGUGGACAAACCGGAUUCCGUUUACAUGGUGCUGGAAUUCAUGGGUGGUGGUGAUCUGUUGAAUCGUAUUAUAGGCUCCAAACUGCUCUCAGAGCCAACAUCCAAACUAUACUUCUAUCAAAUGUGCCAUGCUGUCAAAUAUUUACAUGACCAAGGCAUCACUCAUCGCGAUCUAAAGCCCGACAAUGUGUUGCUAGAGUCCAGCGACGAGGAGACCUUACUUAAGGUCUCCGAUUUUGGAAUGAGCAAAUUUGUGCAAAAUGACUCAGUAAUGCGGACAUUAUGUGGCACACCCCUAUAUGUUGCGCCAGAGGUGCUAAUAACGGGUGGACGCGGGGCAUACACCAAGAAGGUUGAUAUUUGGAGCUUGGGCGUGGUACUCUUCACGUGUCUUAGUGGCACUCUGCCCUUCUCUGAUGAAUAUGGCACGCCGGCUGCUGAGCAAAUAAAACGCGGCAAAUACGGCUUUCGACAUCCUGCCUGGCAAAGAGUAUCGCAACGCGCCAAGUCCCUCAUUCGCGAAAUGCUCAAUGUUGAUCCCGAAAGGCGACCUUCAAUUGAUGCAGUGUUGCAGAACACUUGGCUGCGUGAUCCACAAAUGCUGCACAAAGCCAAGCGAUUAAUGAAGCUAGACGAUAUGGAAAUAGAAGAGAACGAAAACUUUCUGGAACCACCAACAAAGCGCUCUAGACGCUGAAAAAAAGGAAAAAUAAUAAUAUAAAAGUUUUAAUUUUCUGGCAAAAUUACGAAAAACAUUUUGUAUACCUAAAGCUGUGGCUUGUGUUUUAAGAUAAGUAUUUUUUCGGUUGUUUAUUUUUACGUGUUGCCCCUAGUUAAGUUAAGGUCUGUUAAGUUUUCCCUGACGUUUGUGCCACAAAUCGAAAUUGGUUGUUGCUUAAAUUAUCGUACUCAGGUAAAAAAAAACGCAGCAAUUGAAGCUAUUUCAUAUUUUACAUUCUAAUUUGUUGUGUAUAAGCGUUUCAUGAUUUAUUAUAUGGGUAUUAUUAUCAUAGCCAGUUGACACCACAAAUUCAACAAUUCCAAAGUAGAAUUUAGUUAAGAAAAUUAUAGUUGGCCAAAAGUGUGAUUUCCUGAUAAUUGUAAAACGAAUUUUACAAACAAAACCCACAUGUCAUAAUUUUUUGUGUUGAGAGCAACGAAAAAUAAUAUUUCUCACUUUUGGCCGCAUGAUAUUUGGCUCCCACACAAUUAUUGUGACAUUAAUUAUUAUAUUAUGUAUUAAGCAUUAAAAA